AAAAAGUUUGACAUACAGUUUCCCGGGAAUCAGGUCUACACCCAGUGAUAUAACUGAGUGUGAACAUCAAAAGCUGACAGAAACACUCAAGCUGUGUUGCCAUCUGAAUAAGGCUGAGCUGCUAGCAAAGAGCAAAACACUCAAAGCUCCAUUAUGGCUGCCAGACGGACAGUCAUGCUCCUGGUGGUGGUGGUGCUCUCCCUGACAGGCCUUGCUCACUGCUUCCAACCAGUCUUCUCAGUUGAUGGGACUUCCAUUACCCAUCGUGACAUCACCCGAAGGGCGGUCCUCAGAAAGACAGCUGAGGUCUGCCGAGACAUUGCUGCCUCUGAGGGACGGGACUUCAGCCUGAAGAUUGAUGACAACCUGUCAGUUAGCAAGGUGCAACUGGCCUGUUUGUCCACACCCACCUCCACUGACAUGUUCCAAACUGCCAUUAAUGAUAUCUACUACAGCAACGAGAAGGUGGAUUUCACAUUCGCACAGACAGUGAAGUACCAUUUUGACAAUGAGGCCUUCCAGGAAGGACGGAAUAUGAUCACAGCAGGUGUGUCUUCUGUGAAGGCUAAUGUGAAGCUGGGGAACUUUGUCACAGGGAGGCAGACUCUUGGUCUAGUCUGUCACACCCUACAGGACUUCUACAGCCACAGUAACUGGGUGGAGCUGAAGAAAACCACUCCUUACAGCACUCUGAUCAGACCAGACCAACCUCUGGAGAACUUGGCAGGACCAGAUACUCCAACCUGUAGAAGCUGCACAGGAAAUAUUUGUGCUGACAACAUUCUGCCUGAAGUGCUGCAGCAGGGGCUUCUCACUUCAGGCUACUUCAAUAGCUUAUCUUCAGCAAAACCUGCAGGUAAAUGUAGCCACGGUGGUUCGUCUGACAAGUCCAGCCAAAAGGACCCAGUGGGGGGCAUUAAUAAGGAUGCUGUUGAGUCCAGUCAUGGCUCACUUCACAACAAAGCAGCUAACCUGGCGGUGGAUGCCACUAUGGAGCUACUGGAGGACAUCAGAGGAGCAGUCGGAGACAAGAACUUCCUGCGAUUGAUGGGCCUCUCCCAGUCCUCCGUGUUGUGUUUUGUCAUUGACACCACAGGCAGUAUGAGUGAUGACAUAGUCGAGGUUAGGAGAGUUUCCUUUGACAUCAUUGAUCGUAAAAAAGGAACACCGCAGGAGCCCUCCGCUUACAUACUGGUACCUUUCAACGACCCAGAUUUCGGACCUGUGAUAAGGACAACCGAUGCAGACACCUUCAAAACCAGCAUCAACAGGCUCACUGCAAGUGGAGGAGGGGACCUCCCAGAGAUGUGUUUGUCUGGACUGCGGCUUGCACUGACAUCAGCUCCACCCUCCUCUGAGAUCUUUGUCUUCACGGAUGCUCCGGCCAAAGAUUUCUAUCUGAAAAGCACUGUCACUGCCCUUAUAGAGAGCACCAAGUCUAAGGUAACUUUCAUGUUGACAGACGCCUUUUCCAGACGACGGCGCCGCAGUGAUCAGCAAGGUUUCUCAUCACGUGCCCUGAGCCAAUCAGACGCCCAGCUGUACCGUGACCUAGCCCAAGCCUCUGGAGGUCAGGCCAUAGAGGUCACCAAGUCAGACCUCUCUCUGGCCACUACUGUUAUAGAGGAUUCAUCAGCCAGUGCUGUGGUGACAGUUUUCCAGGCAGUGAUGAAUCCUGGAAGGCCUGAUAAUUUUACGUUUACUGUUGAUGCAUCAGUAAGCAACAUGAAAAUCUACAUCACAGGAGCCUCAUCUCUCACCUUCAGUCUCACCAGCUCCACAGGUGUAUCUCAGAGUUCCAGUCAGUCCAGUGGUCCUCUGGCAUCCUUCACCACAGUGGGAAACCUACGUCGUUUAAGCCUCAACACUGACAAUCAAACAGGAUCAUGGGAAAUCAGUGUUAAUUCCAAUAACCCCUACUCUGUUAAGGUCACAGGUCAAAGUUCAGUGAACUUUGUCUAUAACCUUGUGGAGGCGCACGAGGGGGCCCACGCGGGCUUCAGUCUUAAGAACGGACGUCCUACUACAGGCAGUAAUGUCACCCUCUUGGUCACUGUGACAGGAAGUGACACAGUGACACUCGCGGAGGUCACUCUGUUUGACAGCUCAGGGCCAAGAGAGAUCAAUGGAUCAUUGCAGUCAUUCGGCAGUGGUAACUUCCUGGUGACAUUCAGUGGAGUCCCAGCAGGUGAGUUUGUGGUUCACCUUAGAGGAGAGGACAGCAGCUCCACCUCCAGGUCAACACCGAGCAGCUUCCAGAGACAGGCCUCCACACAGAUCAAGACCUCAAGCAUCGUUGUUACUGCCCAAGCCAACAACAUCAACAUAGAACCAGGUUCCACCGUCUCCAUCCCUUUCACAGUAUCCUCAGAUGCAACUGGGACAUUCACAGUGCAGGUCAACAACGACCGGAGCUUUUCCUCCACUUCACCCAGCACUGUCAACAUAGCGGCAGGAAGUGGAGGUAAAGCCAAUGGCACCGUAACCUUGACAGCACCAGCCAGUACUGCAUCAGGAACAGAUGUGACCCUUACCAUUGAGGCACAAAACGCAGGUGCCACUGACAUCAACUACGCUGUCCUCAGGUUUUCUGUGGCUGCCAGGGUGACAGAUUUAGCCGGUCCAAUGUGCCAGGUAGUCAGUAUAUCAGGUAUCUGUCCCGCCUCUUCAUCGCUCUGUGCUUCCUCCCAGUGGGAGUUCAUCGCUAAUCUCACCGAUGGCAUCAAUGGAACCGGCAUUGAGAGCAUCACUAUCCGCAAAGGGAACGGAACCCGAAAUACCAGCACAGUGGCUGGAGCAGGGGGAGAGAACAUUACAGUGGUUACCUACAGCGCCUCCUGCUGUUCACAGAAUGUAGAGCUGGCUGCUGUGGACAGAGUGGGAAAUGUGGGGACAUGUGUGGGACAAGCUAGAGCACUUACCACGCCUGCUCCUAUGACUUCAACUCCCCCUGUUACUCCAACUGUGACUACAGCUGCAGUUAACACAACAUCCACUGGGGGUCACACUUUGAGCAUAUCACACUGCCUCUGGAUCAGUGUUGUGGUUUCUCUCCUUUGAAAGUAAAAGAGACCAAUGGAAUGAAAUAAUCAUCAUGUGCAUCUCUUAAUGUUUGUCAUUUGAAUGUAGAAGUGCCUGAAAUGGCUGCUAGAUUCUGGCUUUAAGAAAAUAUUGAAUUCAAUGGAAAAAUCAUCAAUCAUCUCUCUCACAAAUCAAUGGUCAAUGUUUUUCCAUAAGUGUAAGUGUACCUAGUUUCUUUCAACCUGCCUUGUCUACUUAAAUUAAAGCAUGUGACUUCUGAAAUUUCCGAGAAUGUCUUUCAGCAAACGACUACAGAAAGUACCUGGGCAUGUAAGUGAAAGAAAUAAUUCUAACACUGUGAGAGCAGCAGAGCAGUAGUUGUUCCAUCUUAGAAAAAGCGUGUUUAGUCUUAGUCUACUCGAUCAUUUUGAUGUACUUGUACUUUACUCUGGUAUUUUAAUUUUAUGCUACAUUAUACUUACUAUAAUUCAACUUUAAAAAUAUUGUACUUUUUACUCCACUACAUUUAACUAGUUACUUUGCAGAUUCAGAUUUUACAUAUGCAACAUAUGAUCAUCUUAUAAAAUAUGAUGCCUUGUUAGAUCAAACUACCCAACAGUAUGAAGUCAUUAAAAUUAGCUCCAUCUCAGCCAGCUACAGCAUUAAUACGCCGCGUACACAGCAAUGCAUUCAGUAAUAAAAAUCCAAUAAUAUAAUAUUACACUCCAACAGGCAUUCUGCAGCCUGAUGACUACUUUUACUUGUGAUACUAUAAGUACAUGUUCCUGCUCACACUUUUGUACAUCUACUUAAGUAAAAAUUUGAAUGCAUGACUUUUACUUGGAAGUAAAAGAUCUUAGUACUUCUUCCUCCAUUGACUGUAACAUCAUACUGUAUGUAUGACUUGGCUGGUGGUAAAGAGGGUUAAAUAUAUACAGUAGUAAGAUACUGUUAACAUGCAAACUGCACAGUAUGGUUUUCAUGGACAAAACAUACAUAAUGGGUUAUGUGAAACAACAUCAUAAAGACAAUGAAUAAUAACACUGUUACAAUAGCUAGUAAAGUUUAUUUGUCUAUUUCAGAAAAAGUAAAACAAUAAUUACAACAAGAAUCAAAUGAACCUCAAAGGGCAGUAAAAAUAUAACAAAUACAAUAAUAGUUAAAGUGGAAGAACUAAGAGCGACUUACAGCAGCCGAACACGAAUGGCACUUCUGGGGCCUGUUUCACAAAGCAGGAUUAAUGUAGAAAGCUGGAUAAGCCAGAACCACACCUGAUCUCCAACACAAAGUGCAGUAAACUGAGCUGCUCCUGGUUUCACUCAGUGCAGUUCUGCAGCUAACUCAGUGAUCCUGGAUGGCGAGACCGGUCCCAGUUAUCAAGAGACAGCACAACAGCCUGGCCGAAUGCUAACUGCAUCAGGAGGAGUGAAAAGCUUGGUCC